GCGUGCGAGGACCUACGCGAGCUCAUGGCCGAAGUUGGCAUGGAGACGCCAGGGGCAGCGCAGGAGUACAACAAGACGCGAUUUGCUUCGUUGGUGGAGCAAGUGCGGGCUUCGCCCGCCACAACUCCGGACCAGCGAAGCCGGCUGGAGCAAGUCACGUCGCUCUACGCCGGAGUGCGCCAGGAGAACGGGUGCCACCUCUUCCUGGCAGGCGCGUGGCCCCGGCAGAAAGGCAGCGUCCUGCGGCAGAACCAGCAGCACCGGCUGCUCCGCAGAUCCCAGCCCUUUGCGCAGGCAGCGCCGACCGAGCGGAGGACUUUCCGUCUCCGGGCAAGUUCGGCGCUGUUCACCUUCAACUCCCUGGCGCUGAAAAGGGAGAGCUGGUCAGACUUUCUCACGUGGCUCGCCACGCUGGAGUUCGUGGCUCGGUUCACCGCAACUAUGGAGGAUUCCUACCAUUCAGCGCAUGAGGGAAGAGUUCAUUUGCACUUCUUCGCCGAAUUCAACCGCCCUGUUGACUGGACCACGCUGCGGCCCGUGAUAUUUGGAGGCAUUACGCCAAACGCGCAGCCAACUCGCGCGCGAGGUCCUCGAACCAGGGAAGCCAUGGACCAGGGCCAUUUCUACUGCUACGCGCAGAAGGUGGGCACUUUGGAAGUGGCGACCUCCAACUAUGAGCCUUGGAUCCACUACACGGUUAAGGGGCCUUGGUUGGAUUCCCUAUGGAGCGCGCACAAGCUGUCGCACCAGACGUACCUCCAGUGCCAGGUUCGCACUGGCUUCAUCGGGCGCCAGCGGCAGGUGGAGGCAGUGCAGAUGCACGAGGAGCGCGGACGGCUGCUGGAGCAGCAAGCUGCCGCAGAGGUGUCGCUGCAGCGCCUGAAAGGCGAUUUCAAGGCACCGGCGCUGGCGCGAUGCGAGUCCUGGGCAUCCCAAUACCAAGAGCCGAAGAUGAGGUACAAGUUUCUGAUCUUGAGAGGAGGCUCGCAGAGUGGCAAAAGCACUCUUGCAAAAAGCCUUGGUGACAUUUUCGGACUGGGUAAGCCUUUCAUACAGACCGUGCAAGAUGCGGAGGCUGCAGAUUUAAAGGGCUUUGACAGGCAGCAGUACGGCUACAUACUGUUUGAUAACAUCAACAGUAUGGAGUUUGUCCUUUCUCAGCGGGCGCUCUUCCAAGCAAAUUGCGAUGUUCACCAGCUGGCUCAGUCCAAGACUGGCAUCUAUUCGUACGCCGUUUGGCUCUUUAAAAUCCCGAUUGUUGGCACAGUGGACAUGUCAGCAACCUGGGACAGCCGUGAGCCGUGGCUGGCUGCCAAUAUGCACGAAGUGCUGCUUGACGGGCCCUGCUACUUGCCGCCCGCAGAGCCUUGA